GCUCAGUGGCAAACCGACCACAAGCACAGGCAAACCAGAAUGCAGCAACAACAGGCACAGCCACAGCCACAGCCGCAGCUAUAGCAACCCGAUCCAGGUUUUGGCCAAGUAAGAUAUUGCGCUGCCGGUGGCUCCGAGUUCAGUCUCAUUCAGCGAGUCGGCGGGCGUUGAGUUUGAGUGCGAAGUGCGGUGCGCGUCGAGUCAGCGAGCGUUGAGCAGCAACAACACGACGCAACAGCAGCAGCAGCAGCAGCAACAGCAACAGCAACAGCAACAGCAGCAACAGCAGCAGCAGCAGCAACAGCAACUUGCAACAGCAGCGGCGGCAACACAAGCGUGCGGUUCCGGUGCGCGUUUUCGAGUGGCGUUUCGAAAAAAGUUCACAAAUAAUCGCAUCAAAAAACCGUCGGUGAAACAGAGAGCCCCACACAAAAUGCCGCCUGUUCACUGAGAAAAAAGGGGGAAACACCAAUUGCAUUGCUGGCGUUUUAGAACUUUGGAAGCGUGGCAUGGCAACCAGCAGCUCACCCGGGCCCACAAGGACAACUGCAGCCAUCAAAGUCGCCCUGCCAGGAGCAGCAUCCGCCAUUCCCGGCACCACCACCAUCAACACCACCACCACCACCGCCACCCAAUCCCCCGGCGCAAUCAUGCCCAUGGCCGCCGUGCCAUUGCCGUCGCAUCUGCAACUGCUGGGCAGUUCCGCCGGAGGCGUCGGCCAGCCGGCGGCAAUCACGCCCGUUUCGCCCACGGCAGCUACCACAGUUCUCGCCCAGCCGCACAGCCUGAGCCCCUCCACGCCCAUCCUGACCCAGGGAGCACCCCCAGCUCCGGCGCUGGGCGGCAUCUUCUGCGGAGGCAGUGCAGCGGCGGGACCAGGAGCAGCAGCCGCUGCAGCGGCCACCAAUCUCAAUGCCCUGGCCUCGCAGCACCGACUACUGGAGCUGUCCCGCUUCGGACUGCGGGGAUAUGAUCUGGCCCAGCAUAUGCUAUCCCAACAAGGAGCCGUAUCCAAGCUGCUGGGCACCCUGCGACCACCUGGCCUAAUUGGCGGCUCCAAGCCGAAGGUGGCCACCCCGACUGUCGUCUCCAAGAUCGAACAGUACAAGCGCGAGAAUCCGACGAUCUUCGCCUGGGAAAUCCGCGAGCGACUGAUCACCGAAGGCGUCUGCACCAAUGCCACCGCUCCCUCGGUGAGCAGCAUCAAUCGCAUAUUGCGGAAUCGAGCGGCGGAACGGGCAGCUGCGGAGUUUGCCCGGGCGGCGAGCUACGGCUAUGCCAUCCAUCCCACGCACCCGCAUCCGUACACCAGUUUCCCCACCUGGCCGGCGCAUCAUCCGCUGUGGGGAGCCGUUCCCCUGGCCACGCCGCCUCCUGGCGCCGGCGCGCCCCUCCCCCAACCGGGCGGCAGUGGGAGCAGCUAUGGCAGUGAUGGCAACAUGAGCUCAAACCCCAACAGCAGCAACAGCAACAGCAACACCACCCACAGCAACGGCCACAACGGGGAUAGCAGUGCCGGGAGUGGACGACUCUCCCUGCCGGCGCUUUCGCCGGACUCCGGGAGUCGGGAUAGCCGCUCCCCGGACGCCGACGCCAACCGGAUGAUAGACAUCGAGGGCGAGGACAGCGAGUCGCAGGACAGCGACCAGCCGAAGUUCCGGCGCAACCGCACCACCUUCAGUCCGGAGCAGCUGGACGAGCUGGAGAAGGAGUUCGACAAGUCGCACUAUCCCUGUGUGAAUACCCGCGAGAAACUGGCCGCGCGGACGGCGCUGAGCGAAGCCAGGGUGCAGGUUUGGUUUUCCAACAGACGAGCGAAAUGGCGGCGCCACCAGCGGGUCAACUUGCUCAAGCAGCGCGACUCGCCCUCGACAUCGAGCUCACCCACGCCGUUGGUCAGUCCGGUCAGUCCGGUGGCCACGACCACCGCCACAGUCACGGUCACGGCUCCGGUCCCAGUUCCAGUUCCAGUUGCAGUCCUCGAACCUGGCCAGCAGAAGCAGCCAUAUCCGUACAGCCAGCACGGCAACACCAGCAGCAGCAGCAGCCACACUUGCAACACCACGAGCUGCAACACCAGCAGCAGCAGCCACCUCCACAUGGACGCGCCAGCAGCAGUGGCGCUGGCCACUGCCUCACCCACAGCAUCAGCUCCAUUAUCAAUGGGCGGUGAGAACAGCGCCUUUCGAGCCUUGCCCAUGACCUUGCCCAUGCCCAUGCCCAUGCCCAUGACCUUGCCCACGGCAUCGGCGGCGGCCUUCGCGCUCAGUUUCGCCCGCCAGUACAUAGCCAAGUACAUGGGCGCGCCCAUUAAUCUGGGCCAUGGUUCGUCAUCGGGCCAGGCGCACUCUGGCCGGGAUUACCAGGCGGAGGAGGGGGAGGCGGAGGCGGAGGAUGCGGACGUGGAGGAGGUAAUCAACGUGGAGCACGACGCCGAGUGACCAUUUCAUUCCUAUCGCUUUAAAUCGAGAAUUUAGUGCAAUUUUUUACAUAAUUUAUUCAGUUUCUAUCACUACAAGCAACUUCUAACCGCGUGCUGAGUACAAAUAAAAUCGAAACGAUAAGUUCUCA